AUGCACUGCAGCACAAGGAAUUUCCCCCUAACAUCUCGCAGCCCCCCAGACGUGCUCCAACAGGUCUGUGCCCUUCUUGUGCUGGGGGCCUCGGAGCUGAAUGCCGGCUCCAGUUUCAUCUUAUUUUUAGAUGACUUUAAGCCUGCAUCUAUUGAUACCGCUUGUGAAGGAGACCUUGAAGUUGGCAAAGGUGAACAGGUGACGAUAACACUGCCGAAUAUUGAGGGCUCCACUCCACCAGUGACAGUGUUCAAGGGCUCCAAGAAGCCUUACCUAAAGGAAUGUAUCUUAAUUAUCAAUCAUGACACUGGAGAAUGUCGCCUAGAGAAACUUAGUAGCAACAUCACUGUGAAGAAAAUCAGAGCUGAAGGAAGCAGUAAGGUUCAGUCUCGUAUAGAACAGCAACAGCAGCAAAUCCGAAACUCAAGUAAGACUCCAAACAACAUUAAAAAUUCCCCACCAAAAGACAAGAUGUUUCCAUCUUCUCCUAUGGAUGACAUUGAACGAGAACUAAAAGCAGAAGCCAGCAUCAUGGAUCAGCUGAGUAGUUCUGACAGUUCAUCUGACUCCAAAAGUUCUUCAUCCUCUUCAUCAAGUAGUGAAAAUAGUUCCAGUGAUUCUGAAGAUGACGAAGCAAGGCCCUCUCUUCCAAUGUCAAUGCCAUAUCUGCAGCCACAGCCUGCUGUGUCUGCUAUACCACAUCAAGCUCUUCCUGACAAAGAUGCCAGUCAUAACAGAUCCCAGGAGAACAGUGGUCAUAUGAUGAAUACACUACGUAAGUACAAAGACUGUUCUUUUCUCAGUAUGCAAUUCCAGACAUCAAGAUUCUGAAAGGAAACCAUAUUGUUUUUAAGUAUGUCUCUGUUUUAAUUAAAACUGUGGGAAGCAAUGCUAAGGUUUGAUUGUUCAGCCAAGAUCUGAAUUAGAUGCUAGACUAGAAGGCUUUUGGUCCCGAGAGAUACUAAAUUAAAGCUGGUGCAGUUCUAAGCUGUUCUGGCUUCCUCCCAGUUAUAUACAUUGAGACUGCAGAACAGCAAUUUUGUAAUGAAAGUACUUGAACUUACAGGGUACUCCCAAAACAUGUAAUUUCUUGGUUAGAAUUAUGGGAAAGAUACCACAUUGACAAUACUUUGAAUUACAGAAGAGAUGGCAUAUUCUUAGCUACUUCAGUUAUUAUUAUUCAUGGCAUUGUCCCAGCUGGACAACAUGGCAAAACUCUCCUUUGCAUGUAAGAAGGGCAGUUGUUUAUUUUCAGGUGAUGCUAUCUUAUCCCACCAGUUCAACCAACUGAAAAUGUCACUUGAAGAGUAGCUGCUGCUGUGUUCUUCACAAGUGGUUGCUGCAUAGUUUGGAAUAUGUUGCUCCAUAAGCAACAUAUCCAGAAGGAGAUUUUGAUCAGAGCAGGGGGAAAAAUCAGUAGGUCGAGUCUCAAGUUUGCUACCUAAACAAGCAGUAGUAUUCAGAUAUUGGAGUUGUAAAUGUUCAACUGUUGGAAAACAAGUAUGUUUUUCAUUAGGUGUUUAACUGCAGGCUCACAAUAUGAAGAGAUUUCUGUGAAACCCUACUGUACUACCCAAGAUCUUUAAGGCAUAUCAUUUAUAUGUAAACUGGUUCUACUGAAAUUUCAGACUAUCUGGCAGGCCUACUUUUAUUUCAGCACCCAAUAGAUAACAUGA